CUAAGCAACCAUAAACAUUGAAAUCAAGCGCACCGCAGGUUCGGUGGAAUACAUUCGCUGAACCAGUUACAGGACUGCCACAGACACUAAGAAGGAUAAGAAGAUGGCGAGGAGGAAGGCAGAAGUUCAGCUUCAGCAAGAAAUAGAGAGUCAGGAGGAGUGGGAGGAGAUGCUGGCCAAGGAAGGGCUUACAGUUGUGGAUGUGUACCAGGAAUGGGCAGGUCCCUGUGCAGCCAUGGUUAGCACACUCAGAAGAAUGAAGAAUGAACUAGGUGAUGACCUCCUCAAGUUUGCUAUUGCCAAAGCUGACACCAUUGAUGCCCUGGAGAAGUAUCGUGGUCGGUGUGAACCUUGCUUUUUGUAUAUUGCCAGUGGGGUACUUGUGGGAGUGAUCAGGGGAGCUAACUGCCCUCUUGUACUGAGAAUGGUGACAGAGCAGCUGGCUCAGGAACAUAAAGUCUUGGAUGGAACUGCCGAGAGGAAAGAGAUCAAGGACCCUCUGCUGGCCGAGCUGGACAGUCGUGAUGAGUUUGAGGAUGAGGAGAGAUCUGAUGAAGAGGAAGGAGAUCGCCAACUACAUUAUAAAGGGGAGAUAAUUAACUUUGACGAUGACUUGUUGGAAAUGUCAGAAGAAAAACAGAAGGAGGUGACAGUGGCUAUCAUCAAACCAGAUGCUGUGAAGGCUGGUAAAACCGAGGAGAUUAUGGCAGAGAUGAGAGAAGCAGGUAUAGAGAUCAUCGCUGAUGAGGAGAGGUCUCUGACAGAAGAGGAAGCCAGGGAGUUCUACUCCCACCUUGAGGGAGAGGAGUUUUUCGAGGAUUUAAUCAAGUUUAUGACCAGUGGAACUUGUCAUGUUCUCGUCCUGACCAAGGGCUCUACGGGAGAAAACAUCAUCCAGGAAUGGAGACAUCUGAUUGGCCCAACCUCUGUCGAGGAGGCAAAAGAGAGUGCACCAGAAAGCUUGCGUGCUAAGUUUGGAUCAGGCAGUUUUAUGAAUGCACUCCACGGUAGUGACUCUCCAGAACGUGCCAGCAGAGAACUGGCCUUCUUCUUCCCUAACCUCCAAGUUCCAACAGUACAGGGUGAGCCCAAGCUGCAGAGGACGUUAGCACUUAUCCGACCAGAUGCAUUCAGAAUUAGUAAAGAUGAGAUUCUGGAGAAGAUCAAAGACGCUGGCUUCCAGGUGGCAUUGCAGAAGGUGGUUCAGCUGACGAAGGAGCAGGCGGAGGAGUUUUACAAGGAGCACCAGGGACAGGACUACUUUGAGGAGCUCACCAACAGGAUGUCCAGCGGUCCCUUGUUGGCUCUGGGUCUGGCGAGGGAGGAUGCUGUGGAGUCAUGGAGGAACCUGUUGGGGCCUAAAGAUGUUCAACAGGCGAAAGAAGAGGCCCCGGACAGUUUGCGUGCUCAGUUCGUGGAUGAGACAGCUAUCAAUCAGCUCCACGGUUCAGACUCGGUCACCACAGCUCAGCAAGAACUUGACUUCUUCCCCAUGCAGCAGACAGUGGCGGUUAUCAAACCAGACGCCUACGGUACAAAAGAUGAGAUUGUUCAGAAGAUCCAUGAGGCUGGUUUCCGAAUCGCUGCCAGGAAGGAAACCCAGCUGACAAGGGAAAUCGCUGAGCAGUUCUACGCCGACCAGAAAGGCACAGAGCACUUUGAUGACUUGGUGGAACACAUGAUCAGUGGACCCACCCAUUUCAUGGUGUUGUCACGAGAAGAUGCUGUAGAUGGCUGGAGGUCAAUGCUGGGGCCUAAGGACCCCGAGAAGGCUAAAGAGGAGGCCCCCAACACAAUCCGAGCCUUGUAUGGCACAGAUAUCAAGCAGAACGCCGUUCACGGAAGCGACGACCCAGAGAAGGCUAAGCAGGGCAUUCAGAUGAUAUUCGGAGAUUUGGAGUUCAAUAAUGAUGGAGACAAGGCAAAGAAGACCGAUGAUACGUCCGCAGAUAAGACAGAGUCACAGCAAGCAGUAGAAACUCAGCAAGAGACACAGGAAAGUGCGGUUCAGCAAGAGUCUGAGCAAGGAGCUGGCGAGGCACAGGAGUCAGAUGCUGCCCAAGAGUCAACAGAAGGUCAGGAACCCGUGGCACAGGAGUCACAAGAAGCUCAGCAGGAGACACAGGAAUCUACUGCAACAGAUGCCGCCGCACAAGAUUCGUCCCACUGAGGAGAAAACAGAUGCCCAGACAGCAGAGAGUGAAACCAAAGCUGAAGAUUCUGAGCAGAAACCAGAAGAUGAGGAAGCAAAGGCUGAAGG